AUGGAUUUUGGCGCGCCUUACAGCACUUUCGGCAUUGCUCGCACCACCAAUGGCUUAGUAGUUCUUUGCGGAGAUGCACAUCGGCCACAAUCACCGCCAAUUCGGAAACGCCAAAAUGCAACCCUUCUCAAAUCCGGGCGACCAACCCGCGACUUCCACCACCUGCUUUACCUGCACACCCCGCUGCAGUGGAAGGUGCUGCAACAUCUCGAUCCCGCCGACCUGCUCUUCCUCUCCGAUCUCUCCCCGGCGAUGGAAUGCUUGAUUCGCGGCUUCCCGAAGCGAUGGGCCUACGAGGGCUAUUUUUAUUUUCGCGGCGAGACUACGGUGUAUUUAUCGGAGCACAUCGACGAAAACAUUUCCGUUCGCUAUCCGUGGAGCUUGCGCAUCACCAGAAACGGCAAUCUACGCCUCGGGCACGAAAAUGUUUAUACAAAAAGGGUAGACCCGAAGAACCUAUCCACCGACCUGACCAGACUAUUUGAAAUUCUAUUUCCGCGAAAACGACGUGAAGAUUCAUUGGAAAUCUCAAAACCCGACUGGAGAGCCGACAUCCCGUUGAUAGUGACCUUGUUAUCCGACAAAAAUCGAGAAGUGGAUAGAAAC